AUGUCAAACUCAAAAUCCAAUACUCCUAAUAACUUUGAUACUCCAGUUAUUACCAAACACCAGGCAGUCAUGUAUUGCUCACCAGUGUCCAAUAUGAUGAACAGUGACCUUAGACGUAAAGGACUGUGUAGCCCUAUAUCUCUCGAUGAUCAUCUAUCUACACAACCCAAACGUCCUACUGGUGAAUCUUUAUUGAGUUCUCAAACUAACGUGAUUAAACUACCCGAGAAAUCUCCAGACCCCUCCACUGAUACCCCGUACAUCGGCCCUGGGUUGCGUCCAGUGCUAGAUAUCAUGUAUUCGCCUAAAUUCCUAGAUAAACUCAGUGUGACUGGAUCAAAGGACGACCAGUGGAACAAGUGCCCCUCCAUUACCGGUUUCUUCAGUUACAAUCCAAAUUCACCAUGUGGUCCACAACACUGGCAUAAAAAGUAUCCGUUAUGUGGAGGUGACAAGCAAAGCCCUAUUAAUAUCCAGACUGGUAAAACCGAGCGAGCAAACAUCAACCGUGUUUAUUAUAGACGGUCGAAAACAGUAGACGGAAUAUUUGAGAAUAAUGGUUUUGCACCAAACUUCGAAGUCCAUGGACAUCCCAAAACAAAUAUACUGAUUGUCGGUAGGGAGGAUGACGACGACGAUGGCACCUCGUAUGUAUUCAAAGAAUUCCACUACCAUAUUGGAUCAAAUGAAUCGUCGUAUGGAUCGGAGCACGUUGUAAAUAUGAAAGGCUACAAAGGCGAGGUAAAGAUCAUUAUACAUCUGGUACACGAGAGGAAGACUUUUACUGGAGACGAUGGGGGAAAGACAGGUGGACAAGACGUUCUGGUUGUAGGAGUGUUCUUCAAUGUUGUGGAGAAAUGUGGAAGCUAUGCAGAUAAGAUGAUAUCAAAAUUUAUAACUAAAAUCCCGAACUAUUUGGACGAGACAGAGGCGUAUGUCAAGCCAAAGCGGUUACUACCCAAGGAUGGGAAAUUUUACACCUACAUUGGCUCUAAGACAACGCCCGUCUGUACUCCUGAUUACCUGUGGAUUGUGUUCAAGACUCCGACAACUGUCUGUAGGAAGAAUUUCGAGGUCUUGAUGAACUUGGAAACAUGGGAAGCCAAUAAUCCGCCAUUAAGUAAAUUUGGUAAUAACCGUCCCAUCCAACGCUUCGAUGUGAAUAACGUCAAAACUAAUUUCAGAAAAACGAAACGUCAUAUUCGAUCAUAUCUUAUUCCGUGA